AUGGAGCCCUCCUGGCUUCAGGAACUCAUGGCUCACCCCCUCUUGCUGCUGUUCCUCUUCUGCAUGUCUCUGCUGCUCUUUCAGGUAAUCAGGUUGUACCAGAGGAGGAGAUAGAUGAUCAGAGCCCUGCACCAGUUUCCUGCCUGGUUCUAUGGCCACAGGGAGUUUUACCCAGUACAGGAGUUUGAGGUGUAUCAUGAACUGAUGGAAAAAUACCCAUGUGCCCCUCCCUUGUGGGUUGGACCCUUUACGAUGUUCUACAGUGUCCAUGACCCAAACUAUGCCAAGAUUCUCCUGAAAAGACAAGAUCCCAAAAGCACAAUUAUCCACAAAAUCCUUGAAUCCUGGGUUGGUCAAGGACUUGUGACCCUGGAUGGUUCUAAAUGGAAAAAGCACCACCAAAUUGUGAAACCUGGCUUCAACAUCAGCAUUCUGAAAAUAUUCAUCACCAUGAUGUCUGAGAGUGUAUGGGUGAUGCUGAACAAAUGGGAGGAGCACAUUGCCCAGAACUCAUGUCUGGAUCUCUUUCAACAUGUCUCCCUGAUGACUGUGGACAGCGUCGUGAAGUGUGUCUUCAGCCACCAGGGAAGCAUCCAGUUGGACAGUACCCUGGGCUCAUACCUGAGAGCAGUGUUCAACCUUGGCAAAAUAUACCAGCGGAUGAACAAUUUCCUACAUCACAACGACCUGAUUUUCAAAUUCAGCUCUCAAGGCCAAAUCUUUUCUAAAUUUAACCAAGAGCUUCAUCAGUUCACAGCUUCAGAUGUGAAGAAAAGUAAAAGUGAAAGGAAGUACAUUUCUGUAAGAAGACAGAACAGGACAUCUGAGCAAAGCAAAAACAUCAAAGACUUCUCUGAAGCAGAUCUCCAGGCUGAAGUGAAAAUGUUCAUGAUUGCAGGACAUGACACCACAUCCAGUGCUAUCUCCUGGAUCCUUUACUGCUUGGCAAUACCUGAGCAUCAGCAGAGAUGCCGAGAUGAAAUCAGGGAACUCCUAGGGGAUAGAUCUUCUAUUACCUGGGACCACCUGGACAAGAUGCCCUACACCACCAUGGGCAUCAAGGAGGUGCUCAGACUCUACCCACUGGUGCCAGGCAUUGGCAGAGAGCUCAGCACCCCCAUCACCUUCCCUGAUGGGCGCUCCUUGCCCAAAGGAUUGAAAGUCACUCUUUCCAUUUGUGGCCUUCACCACAACCCAAAGAUGUGGUCAAACCCAGAGGAGUUUGACCCUUCCCGCUUUGUAUCGGGUUCUGCUUGACACAGCCAUGCUUUCCUGCCCUUCUCAGGAGGAUCGAGGAACUGCAUCGGGAAACAAUUUGCCAUGAACGAGCUGAAGGUGGCCACGGCCCUGACCCUGCUCUGCUUUGAGCUGCUGCCUGAUCCCACCAGGAUCCCCAUCCCCAUGCCACGAGUUGUGUUGAAGUCCAGCAGUGGGAUUCACCUGAAUCUCAGGAAGCUCCCUAACCCCUGUGGGGACAAGGGCCAGCUCUGAGGGCCUUCACCUGCCAUCCUCUCUUCCUGACC